AUGGCCGCUGCCCAUGUCUUCACAAGUUACUGCUUCGAAUGGGGACCGGCGGCCGGCCCGUCAAUGCUGCCGACUUUCGACAUCGCCGGUGAUCACAUCAUUGUUGACAAACGCUACCGCUACGGCCGCAAUAUUGUUGUAGGAGACUUGGUGCAUUAUCGAAUUCCCAUAUUCCAACGUGCGGAAGGCAUCAAACGCGUAAUCGGCAUGCCAGGUGACUACGUCCUCGUGGGAAGCCCCGAUGCCUAUCCCCAGAAAAUGAUGCAGGUACCCCAAGGUCACUGUUGGAUUGUGGGCGACAACUUGGAGCUCUCGAGAGACUCACGGAUGUUUGGACCAGUACCACUGGCUUUGAUAAAGGGCAAAGUUAUUGCCAGACAUUUGCCCUGGAGUACCCGUCAGGUAUUCCGCAAUGGCCUUGUGGAUCCAGAAGACGAACAUGAUGAUAAGGAAUGA